AUGGGGCCAGGCAGCGCGAACCCCUACGCGGGGCUGGUGAGGCACCUGCGGGCAACCUGGCAGUCGGGGAGGACACGGCCUCUGGAGUACAGGGUGUCCCAGCUGGAGGCCCUGGGACGCUUCUUGGAAGAGAAGAAGCAGGAUAUCCUGGAGGCCACUGCUUUGGAUAUGGGCAAGCCCUCCUUUGAGGCUUUCUUCACUGAGAUCCUCCUCUGCAAGAACGAGCUCAACAACACCCUGAACAACCUGUCCUACUGGAUGAAGGACGAGUCUGUGGACAAGAACCUGGUGACCAAGCUGGACUCGGCCUUCAUCCGCAAGGACCCCUACGGGGUUGUGCUCAUCAUUGCUCCCUGGAAAUACCCCAUCCACCUCCUCCUGGUGCCCCUCAUCGGGGCCAUCGCUGCUGGUAACUGUGUUGUCAUCAAGCCCUCAGAGGUCAGCAAGAACUCAGAGAGACUCGUGGCCGAAACGCUGUCCUGCUACCUGGACAAUGACUGCUUUGCCGUGGUGACCGGCGGCGUGCAGGAGACCACCAGGCUGCUGGAGAACAAGUUUGACUACAUCUUCUUCACUGGCAGCCCCGGGGUGGGCAGGAUCAUCAUGACGGCCGCCGCCAAGCACCUGACCCCGGUGACCCUGGAGCUGGGGGGCAAGAACCCCUGCUACGUGUCCGACAGCUGCCAGGUGCAGAACGUGGCCCGGCGGGUGGCCUGGGGACGCUUCUUCAACGCGGGGCAGACCUGCAUCGCGCCCGACUACGUCCUCUGCACCCUGGAGAUGCAGGAGAAGCUGAUGCCCGCCCUGCGCGAGGCCAUCGUCGAGUUCUUUGGCCCCAACCCCAAGGAAUCCCCCGACUUUGGGCGCCUGGUGGGGGACAAGGAGUUCCAGCGGGUGCGGGCGCUGCUGGGCAGCGGGCGCGUGGCCAUCGGGGGGCAGACGGACGAGGCGGAGCGGUACAUCGCUCCCACAGUGCUGGCAGACGUGCUCCCCUCUGAUCCUGCCAUGCAGGAGGAGAUCCUUGGUCCCAUCCUGCCCAUCGUUGUGGUGGCCAACAUGGACGAAGCCAUUGACUUUAUCAACGCUCGGCCACGGCCCUUGACCGUCUAUGCCUUCUCCAGUGACAGCAAGGUGGUGAACCAGGUGCUGGAGAGGACCAGCAGUGGUGGCUUCUGUGGCAACGACACCCUGAUGCACUUCACGUUGACCUCGCUGCCCUUCGGGGGGAUCGGGAACAGUGGCCUGGGGAAGUACCAUGGCAAGUUCACCUUUGACACCUUCAGCCAGAAGCGGGGCUGCCUGCACCGCAGCAUGGGCCUGGAGCCCCUCAACAGCCCCCGGUACCCCCCCUACAGCCAGCAGAAGCUGGGGCUGAUGAUGGCCGCCUUCGAGGUCAAGCGCAGGGGCAUCUGCACCCUGCUCUGA